AUCCGUCCAUUGAACGCGCGAGUGGUUGACUUGCGCGUGAAGGUAUUUUAUUAAUGAUUAAGCAAAACUUCAGGAAAGAGUAACAGAAAAAAAUUGUUUCGUUAAUAAAUCCCGUUUAAAAAAUAUCAGGAACAGUACAAAGUACCUUAGAAAUAUACAAAAUACAAAUGGGACAUUGGGGGAUAUUUUGUAAGCGUACUUCACUUGUUUACUAGGAUGUACACGAAUACGGAAUUGACAGAUUGAUAAAUUAAAAUUACUAUUUUGGGUAGUUGUGAGAGUGGUUCGGCCUUUGUUGUUUUAUUUUUUUGUGCAGAAAUAUUACCGUCCAAACCAGGAUUUGCUAACUAGAGAUGACGGCCAUAGAGCAGCCAUGCUACACGCUCAUCAACCUGCCGUCGGACAGCGACCCUCCCAACGAGAUGCAGCUGAAGGUGGACCUGGAGAAAGGUGACGUGAAGACGAAGAUCGAGGCGCUGAAGAAGACGAUCCAGCUGAUAGCGAGCGGGGAGCGCCUGCCGGACCUGCUCAUGACCAUCAUACGCUUCGUGCUGCCGCUGCAGGACCACAUGAUCAAGAAGCUGCUGCUCAUCUUCUGGGAGAUUGUGCCCAAGACGACGCAGGACGGCAAGCUGCUGCAGGAGAUGAUCCUGGUGUGCGACUCCUACAGGAAGGACCUGCAGCACCCCAACGAGUUCCUGCGCGGCUCCACGCUGCGGUUCCUGUGCAAGCUGAAGGAGCCGGAGCUGCUGGAGCCGCUGAUGCCCGCGAUACGCGUCUGCCUCGAGCACAAGCACUCGUACGUGCGCAGGAACGCAGUCCUCGCCAUCUUCACCAUCUACAGGAACUUUGAGUUCCUGAUCCCGGACGCCCCGGAGCUGAUCGCCAGCUUCCUGGAGGGGGAGCAGGACAUGUCGUGCAAGAGGAACGCCUUCUUGAUGCUGCUGCACGCCGACCAGGAGCGCGCUCUGGCCUACCUCGCCUCCUGCCUGGACCAGGUCACCUCCUUCGGGGACAUCCUGCAGCUCGUCAUCGUGGAGCUCAUCUACAAGGUGUGCCAUGCGAACCCGUCAGAGCGGUCCCGCUUCAUCCGCUGCAUCUACAACCUGCUGAACUCAACCAGCCCCGCUGUUCGCUACGAGGCUGCGGGCACCCUCGUCACUCUGUCCAGUGCACCAACCGCCAUCAAGGCAGCGGCCUCGUGCUACAUCGAGCUGAUCGUGAAGGAGAGUGACAACAACGUGAAGCUGAUAGUGCUGGAUCGCCUGAUAGCCCUGAAGGAGCAUCCCGCCCACGAGAGAGUCCUGCAGGACCUGGUGAUGGACGUCCUGAGAGUCCUGGCCAGCCCCGACCUCGAGGUCCGCAAGAAGACGCUCAACCUAGCCAUGGAGCUGGUGAGCUCGCGCAACAUAGAGGAGAUGGUGCUGGUGCUGCGCAAGGAGGUGGCCAAGACGCACAACGUGGGGGAGCACGAGGACACGGGCCGGUACCGCCAGCUGCUGGUGCGCACGCUGCACUCCUGCUGCAUCAAGUUCCCAGAUGUCGCUGCCACAGUUAUCCCUGUUCUGAUUGAGUUCUUGUCGGACACCAAUGAACUUGCUGCCGCCGAUGUGUUGGUGUUUGUGCGAGAAGCUAUCCAGAAGUUUGAAGCCCUCAGGCCUUUGAUCAUCGAGAGAUUGCUGGAUGCAUUCCCAACCAUCAAGUCCGUGAAAGUCCAUCGGGCCGCACUAUGGAUACUGGGAGAAUAUGCCUGCAGCCCGGAUGACAUCCAAGCCGUCAUGAAUCAAAUCCGCCAGACUCUUGGAGAGAUCCCGCUGGUGGAUGACGAGUUACGCAAGGCGGCAGGGGAGCGAGCGGAUGACGAUGCGACAUUAACACAAACACCAGUCCAGAAGCUGGUCACCUCGGAUGGUACCUAUGCCACCCAGUCUGCUUUCAAUGCCACCAGCUCGUCGAAGAAGGGGGAAGCGCGACCUCCGUUGCGGCAGUACCUGAUGGACGGAGACUUCUUCAUCGGGAGCUCUCUGGGCACGUCUCUGGCUAAACUGGCCCUCCGCUACUGCACUUUGGUGGCCGAUCCCCGCAAGCACAACCGCUUCACUGCCGAGGCCAUGCUCAUCAUCUCGUCCGUGCUGCACCUCGGCAAGUCGGGCCUGCCCGCCAAGGCGAUGACCAACGACGAUGCAGACCGCCUGCUGCUGUGUCUGAAGGUGCUGUCGGACAAGUCGCCGGUGAUCACGGAGAUCUUCAGCGAGAAGUGUCGCCAGGCGCUCUCCAUCAUGCUGGCAGCCAAGGCGGAGGAGGAGGCCACCACGCAGAAGGCGAAGGAGAAGCCCGGCUCUCUGGUGCAUGCGGACGACCCCAUCUCGUUCCUGCAGCUGUCGUCGCUGCGCGGAGAGCUGGGGGCCACGGAGAACGUGUUCGAACUGAGCCUGAGCCAGGCGGUGGUGGGUGGCGGGCGGCAGCUGGGCCCCGACCCCGGUCUCCCGGGGAAGCUCAGCAAGGUCACCCAGCUGACCGGCUUCUCGGACCCCGUGUACGCAGAGGCCUACGUGCACGUCAACCAGUACGACAUAGUGCUGGACGUGCUCAUCGUGAACCAGACAGGGGACACGCUGCAGAACUGCACGCUCGAGCUGGCCACCCUCGGCGACCUCAAGCUAGUGGAGAAGCCCCAGCCCGUGGUGCUGGCCCCCCGCGACUUCUGCAACAUCAAGGCCAACGUCAAGGUCGCGUCCACCGAGAACGGCAUCAUCUUCGGGAACAUAGUUUACGACGUGAGCGGGGCAGCGUCCGACCGCAAUGUGGUGGUGCUCAACGACAUCCACAUAGACAUCAUGGACUACAUCGUGCCGGCGUCCUGCAACGACUCCGAGUUCCGCCAGAUGUGGGCAGAGUUUGAGUGGGAGAAUAAGGUGUCGGUGAACACCAACAUCUCGGACCUCCACGAGUACCUGCGCCACCUCAUCAGCAGCACCAACAUGAAGUGCCUGACUCCUGAGAAGGUAAUGCGGACCGCCUUGUCCGGGCAGUGUGGCUUCAUGGCCGCCAACAUGUACGCACGCUCCAUCUUUGGGGAGGACGCCCUCGCCAACCUCAGCAUCGAGAAGCCCUUCAACAAGCCGGACGCCCCCGUCACCGGUCACAUCCGCAUCCGUGCCAAGAGCCAGGGCAUGGCUCUCAGCCUCGGAGACAAGAUCAACAUGACGCAGAAGGGACCGCAGAAGACCGUGUGUGGGGCAUGAGCGACUGCCUUGGUCGCAGUUGCGGGGAACUGACCGGUCUACUGCAACACCGUCUACACAUGGUUCCGCAGUGUGAACAUGAUAAUACACUUUCCUGCCCACUACAGUACUUUUACACUAACUCUCUUCUUACCUUACAUGGUUCUUCAUUCAGCAACUGGAUUUGUUAUUUAUUUUAGACAUAUUAUAUGUGUGUUUCUUUGUAUUUUGGUACUAACCAAGUGAUUUUCAGUAGCUUACCAAAUUGAAUUGGUGUUUUUGUUAACUACUGUGACCUGCUGUGUAGGUGUCUAAAAAUGGAAAUUGGAAAGAGAUGUUGUUGGCCUCUGUUGUAUUUAGGAGCAACUCACUUUUUGAAUCCAACUUAGUUAUAACUCCUGUACUUUUAUAGGGACUAGAACUAAAAUAUCAAAAAAUGCAGGAAAGUGUAAUAUUAAAGAAAUUUAUACCCUAGGGUCAUUUUGCAUUUUGUAGCCACAAAAUAGUAGUGUAAAAAUGCAUAAAAUUUUGAAUUUGAGUGUGUGACCUAGAGUUGCUACUGUAUGUAUGACAUUUUAGAAUCAUACAAGCAUUCCUGUAUACAGUUUGUGUUAUGUGGCUUUAUGCUAGGUCAGCUUUGAUUAUCUAUAUAGUUCUGUCACAUUUCAGUUUUGUUAACACGUCUUUGGCUAUCAAAAAUUAUUGUUUCUUAUGCCAACUUGUCACUCAAAGAAAUAUAAUGCAUUUUCUAGUGAAAAGCGUAAAGAAUUCUACAUGCAAGCAUGCUUGCUGAUUAAGUGUAAUCUGGUGAAUUAAUGUUUUAUUGUAUGAAUACAUUUCUAAAAUGUGUGUCUAUAGUGAUUGUAUAUUAGAGGGAAGUGUAAUUUAAUUUAUGCUUUAUAGAGUUGGAAAAUAUUUUUUGGAAGCCUUCUGCAGAUCAGAGGGUUAUGUCCUGUAUGUUCACCAGAUACUGAAACUGUUUAAAAGUAGUACUUUUUUGAUAAUUAUUGGAAUGUUACUGUUUGUGAAUAAUACAUGGUUAACUGUUGAUUAAAUUCUAAGCGUAGUGUGUGUAUCAGUGAAGUACUGUUUCUAAAUGGUGACGAGGCAGUGAAGUGUGAACCUGUAUCCACUCGUGCAAGAAAUAUAUAUUUUUGCCCAUGA